AUGUCGGACAAAAAGACCAGCCAAAUAAAUCUAUCCACCAACAAGAAGAUCAAGAAGCUGCGCACCAUUAGCGUUGUGUGCAGCCUGACAGGAAGCUGGCAGCAGUGGGUGACGGAGAACGAGAACAAGCAGGCCGGAGAAUGUGUCUCAAAGAAACCUCAUCCUGUCAUCCAGCCAACAGAAGCUUUGCAACAGUAUGAAACUACUUCUGGAGAAGCUCAAAAGACUACUCACAAGGAUGCCAAAUAUUCAUCCAAAACAGAGGAGGUGAACACCACAGCUGAGGCGCUAUCUCGCAUCAAGGUGAAGCCAGUGGUGAAAACAGUGACCAGCGGGAUUCAGGAGAAAAGUGCUGGCAUUGGACUUUUGACAGAGUCCCUGCCAUCAGAAGAGGAGAUCGACAGGCUUCUGAAGAAGAAAAGCUCACCUACUCGCCGCAGGAAAUGCUCCAACGUGGUAUCAUCUCUGACCAAGAGCUGGAAGCAGGUGGAGAGUGAGCAGAAGCUUGGAAAAGAGGGAGGGGGGCCAGGUGAAGGACGCACCUGUGCUGGUGAUGGACAUACUGAGGCAGAGAAAGAGACACUGGACACAGUGGAUGCUCAUUCACACAAGAUGAACCCUUUGAAAGAAGAAGAGCAAAAACCCUCUGAAGGAGCCUCUGAGUCAGCAAUAAGGAUUAAAAGACCCUCAGUCCCAACGUACAAGAAGGAAGAUCCCAACAAGAUCAACGCCCUCUCCAAGAAAUAUAGCGCUGUGGGAAACCUCAAGAGCCGCUGGCAGAACUGGGCUUCAGAGCACACCGUUAACCAGAAACUGAACCCCUUCAGUGAAUAUUUCGAUCAUGAUUACUCCAUGUCCCUCCGCCUCCAAAAAGGCGAGGAAGGUUAUGGACGCCCCAAGGAGGGUACCAAAACCGCAGAGAGAGCCAAACGUACCGAGCAACACAUCCACGGUGAAAUAUCUGAUAUGUGUUAUGUGAUCAGGACUAUGGCUGAUCCGGAUCCAGACGGAAAGACCCAUGUCACGUUUGGACAGCUGUUUGACAGAUAUGUUCGGAUCUCUGAUAAGGUGGUGGGGAUUCUAAUGAGAGCCAGGAAGCACGGGAAGGUGGCGUUUGAAGGGGAGAGGCUGUGGCAAGGCCAGUAUGAGAGUUAUAAUUUCUCUGAUGGUGCAUGCCUGCACGGAUUGGGGAAGGGCUUUAAUGACCGCAUUCUUCCACAACAUCACGACAGCCGGAGAAACGUCAUGUCGUUCUCCAGUGCUGUCCUCCCACACUCCUUCACAUCUCUUCAAGAAGGCAUGCAUGUCUUCCUCCGUUCCUUUUUUCAGGCUGGUGAGGGCAUGUAA